CCGACUGUGUUUUCUUCCCGCAGGUCCCCCUACCCCUCAUGGCUCGCCGGUCCCAGUGUUCUUCACAGGGGGACAACCCCUUGGACCCCAACUAUCUCCCACCUCAUUACAAGGAGUAUUACCGCCUGGCACUGGAUGUGCUGGCUGAGAAAGGGAAGGAAAGUUACCAGCGUUUCCUGACAGAGGAGGGAGCCCCUGACUUCCUCUGCAGCUCAGAGGUGGACCACAUCAUACACCACCUUCAGAAGCCCCACUAUGCCAACCAGGAGAGUAGUGGCACGGAUACUGCACCGAGUGGUGACACAGAUGGAUCUUCUGGGACCUACUGGCCAGUGAACUCUGACCUUGCAGUGCCUGAGCUAGACCUGGGCUGGCCAAUGGUCUUCGGGUUCAGGGGGACAGAGGUGACUACCUUGGUGCAGCCACCACCUCCGGACAAUCCCAGCAUCAAAGAAGAGGCCCGCAGGAUGAUCCGAGCAGCACAACAGGUGGUAGCUAUAGUAAUGGACAUUUUUACGGAUGUGGAUCUGCUGGGUGAAGUGCUGGAUGCUGCUGCUCGCAGGGUCCCUGUUUAUAUUCUGCUGGAUGAAAUGAACUCUCAACUCUUCUUGGAUGCAGCUGCUAAGUGCAAAGUCAACCUGAACUAUGUGGAUUUCCUCCGGGUGCGGACAGUGGCUGGUCCCACAUAUUACUGUCGCACGGGGAUGUCAUUCCAAGGCCACUUGAAAGAGAAGUUCCUGCUGGUAGACUGCAUGGUGGUGCUGAGCGGUAACUACAGCUUCAUGUGGUCCUUUGAGAAGAUUCACAGGAGCAUUGCACACAUCUUCCAGGGGGAGCUGGUGUCCAGCUUCGACGAAGAAUUCCGCAUCCUCUUUGCACAGUCAGAACCCCUCAUUCCUCCAGCCAAUGUGUUGGUGAAGGCAGAGAAUUCAUUUCCUAUUGCCCCCUUUGGAAACAAUUCACCCUUCUUUCCAAACAACCCACCCCAGCUGUUCCCAAGGGAGGACAAUUUCUUGCCUGCCUUCAUGGACAGAGUGGAUCAAGACAGAUUCUUCCUGUCUAAUUUCAGGCGGGAUGACCUGAUGCGCCACACCAUGGAGGGGUCUGCCAUGCGCAUGUAUAAAAAGGUGGAAAUGGAGAACUCUCAGGUGGAUCCAGGCCGGGGGCUCCUCCGUGCCAAGCAGCUGGAGCUGGAUUCCUUCAAGCGGCACAGCUUUGCUGAAGGAACAUUUGAAAAUUUUUCCUCCUUGAGGCAGUUUUCCAGGCAGAUGUUUAUGAACAACUUGGAUGACUUUAAAAUCCAGUCCAGCCAUUUUCAGAAGGACCAGUUCUACCAGGAUCAGUCUGAACAUCCCCAUGUUGCUGGUAGGCCUCAAGGGCUCUUUGAGAGAAUCCGAGGCGGCAGGGCAGGGUUCAAUGAGCUGGAGGACUAUGGUGAGGGCCCCAGAUACCCUGAACUUGAAUCCAAUCUCCCACAUGAGGGCUUCCCCUUGCGGUUGGAUUAUGUACCCUCAAACUCUUCCAGGGAAGUGAAGCAUGGCUCAGACCACAUGAACCCUGCAGGCAAUGGCCCACUGGGAACAAUGGCUCUAAGGAGGCAAAACAUAGGGCAGAAAUUUAUGUGCCAGACAUCACCCACACAGAAAUACAGCCUGGAACAACGCUUGUUUUUACAAGACAAAGACCAGGAUCCAGAUAAGGACAAGAAAGUCCAGGAAAAUAGAACUGGUCUGCGCAACUGGAGGAUUUCUUCCUACCUGAGUGGGUACCAGUCUGAGCCAGGAGAAGGUCUCCCAAUGCCAAUGGAAUCUGAGGCCUAUAACGAUGUCCUAGGGGAGCCCAUCCCAAAGUUCACCAGUGACCUGUUCCCAGCCUUCAAGUCCCCCCUGCCAUUUAGCAAGUCACUGGCACUCAACAGUGCUAAAGAAUCUCCAGGUGCUGACAAGGCAGGUGAGGACGCCUCCCUUGUGAAACAGGAUUCCUUCAGGUCCAGGAUAAAUCCAAUAAUCCAGAGAACCUCAAGACUCAGGUCCUCUUUGAUUUUUAGUGCUGCCAAGUUAGAGCCACAGAACACAGCAGAGAAGGUUCAGAUGAUCCAAAAGGAGCAAAUGUCCAGUGAAACAAUAAGAGACAAUGAAACGAUAAAGACAACCACUUCUGCUAAAGUGGCAGAGCUCUUGGAGAAAUGCAAAACAGGGGGCAAAGAUACAGUCAGCCACACCAAAGCUGUUUCCAGUUUUCUCCAGGAAGAAUCACAGAAUGCAGAGAAGAAAUGUACAAAAUCCUUGCAAUACAAGAUCUUGGAGAGCAGGAUGGUAGACACAAAAGAAGCAUGUGCUACUUAUAAAAUGCACACAGAUGCUGAGAAGCAGUUUGGCAUGGCUCCAUCAGCCACCAGGCUGCUUGAAACAUUAAGCAAAGAUCCCAUAGUACAUAUUAGAAAUAAAGAGAACAAGCUGGCUUCUCGGUUCUGCUCCGUAGAGAAUAAACCUGCUCUUCCAGAGAAGGAGAGCCUUUUAUUUGUAGGAGACACGCAGAAACUUGCUCUUCCAGAGAAGAAGGAAAAGCGGAUGCUCCAAGAGGACACCCAGAAACUGAAUGCAGAACUAAAGAAAUCACAGGCAAGGAUAAGCACUACAUCAACUGUUGAGAGUUUAUCCAAGAAACAUGGAUCUGAGAGCUCUCUCAAUAUGUCUGAGGAAGAAGGCUCGAAACAGGAGCCAAAUCCAAUAGAGUUUUUAAGGAAAGGGUCACUAAGGCUGAAACAGUUCCUGCACCCAAAAAAUGAAAAGAAAUCAGAAGAGGAAACUAUUCCUGAGAGUGGGAAGCCUGACAAACAGAACAUGACCUUCAAACGAACUUCUCAGGGGGUUAGCCAAGACAUGAUGGAGGAAGAGAAAUCUCAGAAGUUCACAACAGUUGCCCCCAAAACCAACCAAGUUCCUCAGACCAGGUUUGCUUCAUCCACAGCUAAUGCCCUAUAUAGCAGCAACCUCCGUGAUGACACCAAGGUAAUUUUGGAGCAAAUUUCUGCCAAUAGUCAAAAGAACAGAGCUGAACUAGCCAGGCAACUACCAUCUACUAGUAACCCUGAUCUUUCCAAGUCCACUACCAGCUUGGAGAGCAAAGGUGAGAAAGAGAGAAGUUGCAAUAUAAACAGAUCAGAGAGUUUUAGCAGCCACAGGCGGAAUCUUCAGAGGCAACCAUCAGAGGACAGUGACACCCUUCUGAAAAAAAUGGAGAGCAUGCGGAAGGAGAAACGAGUCUAUAGUAGGUUUGAGGUCUUCUGCAAGAAGGAAGAUCAAACAAGUCACAGUGAAGAGGAAUACGACACAGAUGCCAAAGACAAGAAAAUGGGAAAAUUCAUGCCCAAACUCUUGGGAACCUUCAAAACCAAAAAGUGACCUUAGAAAUGCUGCCUAAUUCCAGCUGCUGGGGCCAUAACCACAUGUCAGAGGGAGAGGAGGUUAUACUGCUAAGAUGGACACCAGCAAUGCAUGGAAUACCCCUUGGAGGAUAAGUAGGAAUACACACAGCACUCUACUCCUGCAGCAUGACCUGCACCACAAAGUCACAGGGUGCAGGGUAAUCAAUGCAAUACGAUACUAAUUUAAAAACAAAUAAAUUAUCUGAUUGUAAGAAGAGAAAAAGAUAAAAUAGAGUCUGUAUGAUCCACUCAGGGAACUUCCUGCUCUCAGGGAAGGGGAAAAUACCUAUUCAAAACUCUGCCCUGAGCUAGGGAAAUCUGUGCUUCUCACUGAAAGAACAAUGCUGAUUUUUCAGCUGUUUCUCAAGUUCAGGUCCAUUUUCUCUAGUGCCAGGAAGAGCUUUUUGAAAGCUCCCAAGAUAAAGACCUUUCUGUAAACUCUGUGCCUCUACCUGUGGCAAUGGCCCUGACCAUCAGCAUGUGUACGUUUUUUGUAUUUAGCAUUUUAUUUUUUUUUAAUUGUAAUAGGAAAUGCACUUACAUGUUACAGAAGCAGCCUGAGCAGGCAACUGGAAGGCAGCAAGUGAGGGAAUUGACAGGAUACAUGGGCAUAGAAAGUGUAUCCAAGACUGCAGUGUAGAUAAGCUGAGCUAGUGGGUAGCUGAAUUAUGCUUGUACAAUGCAGGCUUCAAACAGAAGCUUUCUUGAGGCGGUGCCUCCACAAACAGGUGUCUUCACUCAGGGAGGUGUUUGUAGCAGAGGAUAAGCCAUUUCAGGUGCUCACAGGUCCCUCACUGUGCUAGGAAGGGAGACAGGGUUCAGAGAAAAGAAGGGAAACACUGAGCUUUAUUGUAAAAUUAUCCUUUUUGUAAGCUCAGAAAUGG